AUGGACAGCAUCGCUGACAGUAUCUAUACAGAUGUUCCUGCUCCAGAGGAACUCAACGACAAUCCAUCGCUUCUAACGGUCAUUUUCGAGCUCACGCCGAGAAGUUGGUAUGCCCUUCGCAACCAAGUGACAAUCCAAGAAACAGUGAAAACCCUCUUGGUAUUCUUGAACGCCCAUCUUUCCUUGAAUAACAGUAAUCAGGUAUGCUUUAUUUUGUCGCUGCCGUUUGGAUCAGACAUUUUGCACCCCAAUGUGGAAAGUCUGCUUGAAGAGCAGCAUGAAGAUGGAGCCAGUGAUAAACCUACAUUGGUGAACAAAGGCAUGUACCGUAACUUUCGUCUUGUGGACGAGAUUGUUAUGCAAAAGAUAAACAGUGCUCUUGAGAAGAUGUCACUGCAGCUCGACCUGGAAGCUAACCAGAGGUCAACGGUGGCAGGUGCUUUGCUGCGAGCCUUGACAUAUACAAAUAGACUUUUGCACGUCGACCAGUCUAUUUCGACUACUACAGGGUCUGCUAUUAAUUCUACUGCAUCUACAAUGGGCUCUCUGGGCACAACCAGCACAUCUGGCAACCCACUGACGACCUCAAUGCAUGCUCGUGUGCUUAUUGUCACUCCUAAUGAUACAUACGAGUCUAACUAUAUUGCCAUCAUGAACUCGAUUUUUGCCGCUCAGAAAAUGAAGGUACCUUUGGAUGUGGCAAAGCUUGGUGGCCACCAGGCGCCUUAUCUACAACAGGCAGCUGAUGCUACCAAUGGUGUUUAUUUGCAUAUCAAGGAACCACAAGGGUUGAUGCAAGUUCUUUCUACAGCAUACUUUCUUGAACCAUCGCUUCGGUCGAUCGUUAUUCUUCCGACUAAUUCGAAUGUCAAUUAUAAGGCCAGUUGUUUCAUUACUGGAAAGCCCGUCGAUAUUGGCUUUGUCUGUUCAGUGUGUCUAUGCAUCAUGAGUGUAGUCCCUAAACUGGGACACUGCCCUACCUGUCAGUCCAAGUUCGAUGAAAGGUUUUUGGAAAGACUAAUAAGGGGUCCUGUCAUUGCUAGGAAGAAGAGAAAGGUCGAGAAUGGUUCGGGUACUCCGGCUGCAAACGGCGAUACCAGUAAAACCCCAGAAGUGGGUACACCUGCUCCAAAGGAUCAAGAAUAA